AUGUACAGACCACUGCGAAACUUGACGCAACUAGCCAUCGCUGGAUUUCCAGACCCGCAGAUGUCGACUUUCAUGUACGCUACAGCCGGUACACUCAAUAGAGACGCUGAUGCUCUGAGCCGCAGACCAGUGAGUGGUUUCACAACUGAUUCUGAGAGAUGUCCCCUAUGGUUGGACUGGAUUCCACCCGACUCAAAAGACACCACAGUGAUGAGUAACCAGACAGUGACUGCAUUGCUGGACAAUCAUCUAAGCCCAAUGGUUCCAGCAGCAGAACUUGCAGGAGUUGUGCCACAGAGUCGCGCACAGACGGUGGCCGAGAUAACACCAAAGGGUACAGCCGCACUGCCCACAGUAACUAGCGAACAAUGGAAGACACUACAGCGUGAAGACCCGACUAUCGGCAAAGUUUAUCAUUACGUGGUAGCUGGAGCCCCGCCAGACCGAUAUCACCGUGCUCAAGAAACAAGACAGGUUUCCGCAGCCCUUCGUGAAUGGAAGAAGUAUUGCAUAAGAAAUGGUGUUUUGCAUCGUAGAGUCACCGAUUCGAAUGGCCGAGUGAUUUACCAGCUAUAUCUACCACCUAGCUACUGCAAGAUGGAGAUGGAGGCACUUCACAAUGAGGUAGGUCAUUUGGGACAGGACAGGAGUCUUGAUCUCGUACGAUCUCCAUUUUAUUGGCCCGGCAUGGCACGUGACGUCAUACAACAUGUUCAGCAAUGUGAUAGAUGUAUACGAUGCAAACUUACCACAGAAGGACGAGCAAUAGCGCCUAUGGUUCCUAUUUUGAGUACCAUGCCAUUAGAGUUACUAUGCAUUGAUUUCCUGACACUUGAGACAUCCAAGAAUGGUUCUAAAGACAUACUGGUAAUGACGGAUCAUUUUACCAAAUACGCGUUCGCUGUACCUACCCGCAAUCAAACCGCCAAGACUGCAAAAGUGUUAAUGGACACGUUCAUUACCGUAUUUGGAUUCCCCAAGAGAAUACAGUCUGACCAAGGACGCAAUUUCGAGAGUCAAUUAGUCACACAACUCUGUCAUCAGUGUGGUGUGAAGAAAUCUAGAAGCAGUCCGUAUCACGCACAGACACAGGGCAUUGCCGAAAUUUUUUAUCAAACAUUGAUCAGCAUGUUGGGAACCUUGACGCAGUGUAGGAAAUUCCUGCCCGUCCGCACGCCCGAGACGGGUAACUUUCGUAUCGGACUGGUUGGAUUUCAAACUUCCCUGUCCGGUGGUCGGGUAACAUGUUACCACAUUCUUUCGCCGAAAUUAAAAUAA